AAGCAGAUCAAACAUCGCUCGUCUCACAAAUAAAAGCAGGUCAGAAACCCUAAAACUUUGUCCAAGUCGUCCAGAGGAAGCAGCCAGGCUACAAGAUGGAGAAACUCGUCCUAUCGAUGUUGAUGUUGGCAGCUUGUUACGCAAUACCCAGAGAUCUGUCAGGAAAAGUGUUUGUCUUCCCCAAAGCGACCAGUACUGAUCAUGUGAAGCUCUUCACAUCCAAAAAGGAGUUCGACGCUGUGACUGUCUGUCUCAAAUUCCUCACAGAUCUCAAGAGGGACAUCGGUCUCUUCUCUUUGGCCACGGACGACUACAGCAACGACUUUCUGCUCUUUAGGAGGGACGACAUGAUUGAGGUUCACGUUCGGGAUGUCAGCACUGAAUUCCUGUCGCUGCCGCUUACUCCAAACACCUGGCACAGUUUAUGUUCCACCUGGCAUUCUGACAAUGGCUUGGCUCAGCUGUGGCUGGACGGCAAACCAUCGAUCAAGAGAUUCGUCUCUGGGCGAACCAUCACCGGGAAGCCCAUCACCAUCCUGGGCCAGGAGCAGGACUCCUACGGUGGAGGCUUCGAUGCCGGUCAGUUGUUUGUUGGGAUGAUUUCUCAGGUGCACAUGUGGGACUACACCCUCUCCCCCGUCGAGAUCAAACGCUACGUGAACGACGGCAACUUCACCUCAGGAAAUGUGUUUAACUGGGGAGCUCUGGAGUAUGAAAUCCUAGGGAAGGUUAUAGUGGACGAGGAGCCUGAUAUGUAGUAACAGGACCAAAGUUUUUACUCCCCAUUGUCACCAAAUGAUCGCUCAAGGGGAAUUGUUGGGCUUCUAUGAGGUUACUUUGUAAAGCACCAACUUCAAUAAAAUUUCACCAAAUUA